GCCAAUCGCUGUUUAACUCGAUAAGAAUAAGACGGCAGAUAUUCUCGAGCUCGCUCUAAUCACAUCUGUUCUGUAUAUCCGUUCACAACGGACAGUGUUCAUUUCUUUCUUUGACAUCCGUAGACGUCUUUUUGCGUUGGAUUUAGACUGCGCUUUAUUGGUUGACCGACGAUUGCGCUCGAAUUCAAUCAAGAGACAUUGUGCACGCGGAGGUGUGGCCACAGAAAACACAGCGCGCGCAUAAUAUUCUUCGCUCUUCUGUAUAAGUGCAUGUGAUGCCAAUAACGUUGAUCAUCUCGAAACAAAUCCACGUGUCAAAGUUUGGGUAGAUACGAUGGAAAGUGAACAAUCAGCUCUUGCAAAUGAAGAAGAAAUGGACAUGGGUGAAGACCUGAGCGACUUUGACAAGGGACAAAUUGUUAUGGCCGGACGGCUGGGUUUGAGCAUCUCUGAUACGGCAAGGCUUGUGGGGUGCUCGCGGUCAGCAGUGGAAGCAAGUGGAUUGCUAACUCCAGGAAAACAAAGAGUACGACCAAAGGGUAGCAGAAAUAACGGACCUUCCAAGAGAAAAGCAUCGGCUGGAGGAAAACCGAAGGGAAGGCCUAAGAAAGAGGAGAAGGAAAAACAGGCACCUCAGGACUCGUCUGAGGACGCUGAAGAUGAUGACGAGGAAGAACAGUAAUAGUAUCUUACCGGAGCACUACCUCACACAACCAAACAAACUGCCCGUCUGCUCUCCAACCUGUGAAUCGCAGGGAAUGUCAUUUCUCAAAAGGACAGUAAUAACUGUAUAGGAAAAUAUAUUCUGAAUAAAUACAUAAUGCAUUUUUUGUAAGUAGGUCAAAUAUAGAAACCAGACUCGACCUACAUGAGAAAAUGUUGAGUGUUUCUAGUUUUUAUUUUACUACACAUAUAUAUGUAUAUAUCUGUUAAACUAACAUGCUUUACUAAUGUUUUGUUUUGUCUUUUUAUCCAUGUUGUUGACUAGCUGUAAUUUAACACAUGUGCUGUCUUUACAUUUUUUUUUAAACUUAAUUUGGUCAUGACUGUUCUUUUACAAAUGGUUUGUAAAUCUAAUUUUUGAUCUUUUUGGGAACUCGUUUGUUUUUUUUUCUUCAAUUGACAGGUUUUGUACUUCUAUCUGGAAAUUAUUGACUGUAGGCCUCCUUGACCUGAGCUUAUGCACCUAUUUUCCGGGUUCAUUUGUAUUGGGAAUCAUAUGUCUGUCACAGUGACACUACAGAAAUUAAAUGGAAGUGUUGGUCAAUUUUUAAGCCAUUUUUGACACCGACUAGGGGUUACUGUUACAAAUGGCAGUGAAACUGAACUAUAAAUGCACUUUUUGGUGUUUUGUGCUAAAUGAGAUAUUCUUAAUAAUUCAUGUUUGGGAACUAGACAGAUCAGCCACAACAUUAAAACCACUGACCGGUGAAGUGAAUAACAUGUAUUAUCUUGUUACAAUGGCACCUGUCAAGGGGUGAUAUACACUCACCUAAAGGAUUAUUAGGAACACCUGUUCAAAUUCUCAUUAAUACAAUUAUCUAAUCAACCAAUCACAUGGCAGUUGCUUCAAUGCAUUUAGGGGUGUGGUCCUGGUCAAGACAAUCUCCUGAACUCCAAACUGAAUGUCAGAAUGGGAAAGAAAGGUGAUUUAAGCAAUUUUGAGCGUGGCAUGGUUGUUGGUGCCAGACGGGCCGGUCUGAGUAUUUCACAAUCUGCUCAGUUACUGGGAUUUUCACGCACAACCAUUUCUAGGGUUUACAAAGAAUGGUGUGAAAAGGGAAAAACAUCCAAUAUGCGGCAGUCCUGUGGGCGAAAAUGCCUUGUUGAUGCUAGAGGUCAGAGGAGAAUGGGGCGACUGAUUCAAGCUGAUAGAACAGCAACUAGAAAAAGAGGCUACAAUUUGCAAGAGCUCACCAAAAUUGGACAGUUGAAGACUGGAAAAAUGUUGCCUGGUCUGAUGAGUCUCGAUUUCUGUUGAGACAUUCAGAUGGUAGAGUCAGAAUUUGGCGUAAACAGAAUGAGAACAUGGAUCCAUCAUGCCUUGUUACCACUGUGCAGGCUGGUGGUGUAAUGGUGUGGGGGAUGUUUUCUUGGCACACUUUAGGCCCCUUAGUGCCAAUUGGGCAUCGUUUAAAUGCCACGGGCUACCUGAGCAUUGUUUCUGACCAUGUCCAUCCCUUUAUGGCCACCAUGUACCCAUCCUCUGAUGGCUACUUCCAGCAGGAUAAUGCACCAUGUCACAAAGCUCGAAUCAUUUCAAAUUGGUUUCUUGAACAUGACAAUGAGUUCACUGUACUAAAAUGGCCCCCACAGUCACCAGAUCUCAACCCAAUAGAGCAUCUUUGGGAUGUGGUGGAACGGGAGCUUCGUGCCCUGGAUGUGCAUCCCACAAAUCUCCAUCAACUGCAAGACGCUAUCCUAUCAAUAUGGGCCAACAUUUCUAAAGAAUGCUUUCAGCACCUUGUUGAAUCAAUGCCACGUAGAAUUAAGGCAGUUCUGAAGGCGAAAGGGGGUCAAACACAGUAUUAGUAUGGUGUUCCUAAUAAUCCUUUAGGUGAGUGUAUAUUAGGCAGCAAGUGAACAGUCAGUUCUUGAAUUUCAUGUAUUGGAAGCAGGAAAAAUGGGCAAGUGUAAGGAUCUGAGCGACUUUGACAAGGGCCAAUUUGUGAGGGCUAGACAACUGGGUCAGAGCAUUUCCAAAAUGGCAGGUCUUGUGGGGUGUUUUUGGUGUGCAGUGGUUGGUACCUACCAAUAGUGGUCCAAGGAAGUACAACUGGAGAACUGGCAACGGGGUCGUGGGUGCCUAAGGCUCACUAACUACGUUUCCAUCCAAAGACUGGUGGUUUUUUUUGCAAAAUAAAGCUGAUGGAAAUGCAUAUUAUUGCUAUAAUUUCACAAGCGUCGACAUAAUAUUUUUCAUAUGAACUCUGUGCAUAAACUCUGUCGAUACUUCAAA